GAAACAUGUUUCCUGUUGUACAGUAUUUUUCCAUACCAUCAAACUUCCUCUCAGGACACUUUUAUAUAUAUUAAACAUGUUCAUUUAAAAAUAAAGAAAUUUUAAGAACAAGCAUCAAAUGGCUCGGCCUGACCGCCACUGUUUCACAUGAAACCUAUUAUUUUGGUCAUUCAAUUUUUUUUUUUUUCUGUUUUUGUGAUUUCUCCGCCAAUCCGGAUUUUUCGCCGUCUCCGUUCUCUCCAUGUGAUGGCAAAGGUGACAGUGAUUCUGGAGGAUGAGUUGCUGUGGUGAGGGUGGGCGGCUGCGGUGAGUUUUCUGAUCGCGGGUUUACGCUGCGGUAAGGCUGCCGCGAGAGGAAGAGGAUGGCGAUGGCCCGUGCUCUCUCUACGCCCCUAAGUUUCUCUCCCAUUUUCUAACUAAUCACUGCCGGCAGCCCUCAUCUCUCCGGCGGCGCUUGUCGUUCCGGCGGGGACUCGAUCGUUGAGGAUUUGGAAAAGUGCAUUUGGAGCUGCGAUGGGCUUCUGAUCAAUGAUGAUGGCAUGUUCGUGCUGAAUCUAUAAAUCAGCGGAAGCCCGAUCGGCGAGGUCAUCUGUAAUAGUCUCUAUGAAAUCCCACCACCUUAUUGGAAUCAAAACGCCCGCACUCUUGUGCAUUGUUCUAAUUUUGUUCAUAGGUGACACGAAUUCGAACACUAUCAGGCCUUCCUGGUUCAGUAAGUUGCAGGGGCAUGGAUCUCUUUUUGCAGUAGGCCAUGAACUUGGGGACAGGAGUGUCCUCUGCGGCAUCGAUUGCCGUAAUGAGUUCGUGAUAAGCUGUUUCUUGGAAAAAUAUGGAAAGCUACCUGAUUAUGGUUUUCAUGGACAACUAGCCAAGGAAUUGUGCGAUAUUUCAAAUGGUGAAUGGCAGAUUGGCAUAAAGCCAACCUUCAAAUUAACAGAGUUUCAGCGGUUUCUAGUGGGCGAGGGUUCUCAUCGGCAGUCGGUUUCUUCUAUAAAAUAUCAGAUCCAACCAAACCUAGUUACUGACCAUCCUGGACAGCCAUGUGAACUAGUGCUUGUUGAAAGAUUAGGACCGGGAGUCUUUGCAGAUCCUUUCGAGCUACAGAGGCUUGUUCAACGUGGUGUGUUUAUGGAUGCUGCUGUUUUUGGAGAUACUAAUCUUGAACUGCCAUCUGCUCUUUCCAACCAGUCUGUUGUGGAGGUUCGUGUUAAGAUUAACCAUGUCUCAGAUAGCAACAGCAGGGAGCAUGGAACAACUGUAACACUACCGCUGCAUGCACGAUAUCCCCCCCUCGGUGAAGGCAGUUUUUCAACUGUUGAAAUUGGUUCACCAGAUAUGAUGAUAAGAUGCAAACACCAAGUUGCUUCCUAUUCAUGGGCCUUGUACAGUUUGGAUUCAAAAUCAGGGGAGGACAUACUACUAUGGAUGGUGCCGAGAGGAAAAGAAUCUCAUGCAUCUUUUGUGUCGGUGGUCACAGCUGGUUCAGCAUUGUUAUCUGCUUUUGUAAUAGUUUUGGCAUCAGUAUAUUCAUUGCAAAUGCGUGAAAAAAGUUGAUAUCUGUUGCUCUUUUGCUUUUACUUUCUCCGUCUCCUAUUGUAAUCAGGCCAUUCAUUUGGUGCGACCAGACUGACGCUCUUGGCAAUUUGGACUUAUCCCACUCUUGGCUAUUUGGAUUUAUCCCAGGCUGGUGGACAAGCUGGCCUUUGAUUCAAAUUGUUUGUGACCAGUUCAUGGGAUCAGUUAGGAGCUUCAUUGUAUGGAUUCGUAAGAGCUCAUCACGUUAUCCAUUGUGUUUUUGGCUUACAAAUUAGAAGCCUUUCUUUUUCAAUCGAUCACACUGAAGUCUUCCCUUUUUCAUUC